AUGCCCAAGUCCGGCAGUCACAUCAUGCUCGACCUGUUGGCCGAAGCGGGGGUCCGCUACUUGUUCGGAAACCCCGGCACGACCGAGCUGCCGCUGAUGGACGCCAUGGUCGACGAGCAGCGGAUCGAGUACAUCCUCGGCCUGCAAGAAGUGCCCGUAAUGGCUAUGGCCGACGGCUACGCUCAGGCUUCCCGUGGAAUCGGCUUCGUGAACCUGCACAUUAGCUGUGGUCUCGGUCACGCGAUGGGCAUUCUCUACAACGCCUAUCGCGCAGGCACCCCAUUGCUGGUCACCGCCGGGCAGCAAGAUCGCCGGCUGAUGUUCCAAGAGCCCAUCCUCGGCGGCGACAUGGUCGACGUGGCCCGCCCGUGGACCAAGUGGUCGGCCGAAGUACACCGCAUCGAAGACCUUCCCUCGGCGAUUCGUCGCGCGGUGCAAACCGCCCUCACUCCGCCCACCGGUCCGGUGUUCCUUUCAAUCCCCGUCGACAUUCAGGCCGAAGUGGCCGAACUGCCCGAGAUCGAACUCGCGGCCCCCUCGCUUCCCAACCCUCAAGUUCGCCCGCCGGUGGAAGCAAUCCGUCGGGCCGCCGAGGUGCUGGCCGGCGCAAAGAACCCCGGCAUUUUGGUGGGCAGCCGCGUCCGCGAGUGCGAUGCCGUCGACGAAAUGGUGAAGGUGGCCGACGCGUUAGGCGCUCCCGUCAUCUCCGAGCCCGGCACCACGCACGGGCGUUUGAGUUUCCCGGCCGAUCACCCACUCACAGCCCAGGGGCUACCGCUGUGGUCGCCGGAAGUACGCGACCGGCUGGCCGAGUUCGACGUGCUGUUCGUCGCCGGCCUCGAUAUGCUUCGCGAGUACGUCUACCACGAGCCGGCCCGAGCGAUGCCCGAGCACCUGCGGUUGGUGCAAAUCGAUCAAGAUCCUUGGCAACUCGGCAAGAAUUACCCGUUGGAAGUCGGCGUGAUCGGCCACUUGAAGCCCAGCCUCGCCGAGUUGGGUUCGCUGCUGGCCAGUGAGAUGACCUCCGAUCAAAAGGGGCAGGCCUCCCGCCGCCGCGCGGAACGCAUCGCCACGCACGAAAAAGCCCGCGAGCAACUGCGUCAGCAAAUCGAACAACAACGCGACGCCCGCCCCAUAACCCCGUUGACCUUAAUGGACAGCAUCGCCCGCGUCAUUCCCGAGAAUGUCGCCGUGAUCGAAGAAGCGGUCACCACAACGAACACCAUUCUCGAACGCCUGGGCGCACUGAAAAACACUACCGGCUACUUCGGCCACCGCGGUUGGGCGUUGGGCUGGGGGCUCGGUUGCACGCUCGGCGUUCAAUUGGCCUGGCCCGAGCGACCCGUGCUCGGCAUCUUGGGCGAGGGCGCCACGAUGUACGGUGUGCAAGGUUUAUGGACGGCCGCCAAGUACAAAAUCCCAGCCACGUUCGUCAUCUGCAACAACGCGCAGUACCAGAUUCUGAAAGUCGGCGCUCAAGGCAUGGGCCUCCCGCAUGCCCAGGCCGGCGAAUAUAUAGGGCUCGAUUUGAAAGGGCCCGAGGUCGACCUGGUCUCGCUGGCCAAGUCCCUCGGCGUCGAGGCAGUGCGUAUCGAACAGCCCGACGAACUGAGUGACGCCGUGGCCGAAUCACUAGCCGGCGAUAAAUUCAGUGGUGCUCACUUGAAACGCUUCCUUAGCGGUGGUUUGAACUGGCUGCUAUUGUUCUUGCCUGUGGCGAUCGUUUUAGAAGUCGCCCAUAUGCGGCACAUCGAAUGGGCCACGCCGACGUGGAUCUUCAUCGCCUCGGCCAUCGCCAUCAUCCCCAUGGCGGGUUGGAUGGGCCGCGCCACCGAGCACUUGGCCGAACAUCUGGGCGAAGGCGUCGGUGGGCUGCUGAACGCCACCUUCGGCAACGCCGCCGAGUUGAUCAUCGCUGUGAUGGCACUGAUCGAAGCCCGGCGGAACCCCGAAGUGAUGGAGGCCAUGCACUCGCUGGUAAAAGCCUCGCUCACAGGCUCCAUCAUCGGCAACAUCUUGCUCGUGAUGGGCGUGGCCAUGCUCGCCGGCGGCAUGCGGUUCAGCAUCCAGCGCUUCAACCCCGCAGGCACACGUACCAGUGCCACCCUGCUCACGCUGGCCGUAUCCGCCAUGGUCAUCCCGGCCAUGUUCGUUUACCUGGUGCACGACGAACAGUCCCGCGUGAACGAUGUCAGCGUCGAAAUCUCGAUCCUGCUCUUGGUGGUUUACGCCUUAAGCCUGUUCUUCACGCUUAGCACGCAUCCGCAUUUGUACGAAAGCGAUGAAGAACCCGAAGAGCCCACGAAGUCUUCGACACGAAUCGGCGCCGCCAAGCCCACGCGUAAAGAAACCGAAGAAGCCCACGAACCGUGGAGCAUCAAGAAGGGGAUCGGCGUUCUGCUGGCGGCCACCGUCGGCGUUGCCUUGCUGGCCGAGUUGAUGAUCGGUUCGGUCACCGUGGCCAGCGAAGCCGUCGGCCUCACCGAACUGUUCGUCGGUGUCAUCGUGGUGGCCAUCGUCGGCAACGCGGCCGAACACAGCACGGCCGUGCUCGUGGCAUUGCGAAACCGCAUGGACCUCAGCCUGUCGAUCGCCAUCGGAUCAUCGAUACAGAUUGCCCUGUUUGUCGCACCCGUACUCGUAUUGUUGAGCAUGGCACUGGGCGUUCAGAUGGAUCUGGUCUUCACCGUGCCCGAACUCAUCGCCAUGGGCAUCGCGGUGGUGGUCACCUCGCAAAUCGCCGGAGACGGCGAAAGCAACUGGCUCGAAGGUGUGCUCUUGGUCACAGUCUAUGCCAUGCUCGGCAUCCUCUUCUAUCAUCUGCCGGCCUAG